UUCGUCGACACUUACUGCUGUUGUGUUUACAUUAUCAGAUGCAGCUUACGGGUAUGGAUACUAGCAUCGUCACGUGACUUUAUAAUGGAGCACAGCGUCGCUGAAAACAUAAACAACUGAAGAGCAAAGUCGCAGUAGGAUCUGCUUGAACCAACCCGCUUUUUAGUGUCAGUACUGUGGUCUCCACCAUGGGCCGACUGGACGAUGCUGCCAAGCGCAAGGUGGUGGAGCUGCGGGAGGCAGGUUUGAGCUUCCGCAAGAUCAAAGCCGUGCUGGAGCUGGAGAACAUCAAGGUGUCUGCACAGGCCAUCUACCUUUUUCUGAAGGAGUUUCAAGGGAGAGCUCGAAAGGAGGACGGAGCAGCUGGGAACAGCAGCCAUACGGUGCCUGCGUCAACGUCAGGCAGGGAGGUGGGCGGCUCUGAGACGCGGCCAGGUGCUUGGAGCGAUCAGCAGCUAAGGAACCUCCUCAGAGAAGCUUCUAGAGUAGCUGCCUCCCAGCAGGCCGCGUCCUCCUCGGAUGCAAGAGGAGGACAGUCUUCUGGGACGGGUCCGGGUGGCAGAAGGGAGGCACAGGGUGGGGGAAAAGACGAGGACAUCCGGAUUAUCAGCGUGACCUCGUUGGCACAGGGUACGCAGAAUGCUGGGAUCCAAGGUCCGCGGUCAGGAGUUGGGACGGGAGGGAUGAGUGGUGCUUCUUAUGUAAGACGACGACACACACCCUCACCUGCCAAUCCUGUGCUAGUGGCUCGCAAACGACUGCUGGAUAAGGCUUUGCUCCACAGAGCGCGGGUAAGAGACAGCAGUCCUCAGACCAGCCAGCAGGUAUCGUUGUCAGUGAGACGAGAUCCGUCCUGCUUCUCUGGUUCUGAUGGGAGAAAGCUUGUGGUACCGCAGACAGCUUCUUAUGACCUCACUACAGCCAGACCUCCAAACAUGAGAUCAUUGCACCAAGGAGCCAGUCCUCACAGGAGAUGGAUGCACCAGCGGGUGAGUGUUCCUGUUCGCGCUCCUCAAAACCCUCCUCGUGUCGGUAUCCGCCUCCCCGACCAGGCCACCGCGGGGGCGAACUCCCAAAAUGCAGCCCACUCUGCACGGGUUCAAAAUAUUCCCAACCAGCCUUCACCUCCUCCCCAGCGGAGCGUUCUCGACCCUGCCGCUGUUAGCAGCCUGCAGGAGCAGAUCCAGUCGUUGGGCUCCGAGCUGAGAAGUUUGGGCCUGGCGUUAAGGAUGAUGGUGGAGCAACAAGGCCGACUGGAGAGAGAACAAGCCCAGCAGACUCAGGUCCAGAAGCAGAUCCUCAGCACCCUUCAGGAUCUCGCAUCCAAAUUUGACCCUCUGCAGACCACAUGUGCUCCAGCAUCUUGUUCACUGGCCUCCUCGGUACCAUUCAGCCAGAGCGCGACCAGCCAGGGCGCCUACGCUCAGUGCAGCCAAGCCCAGACGCGAUACAACGAGAUCCACGAUUCUGGUCUCGACAGCAUCGAGGUGUUUUCUCUGGACCAGCUCAGCCCUCCCACCAUGAACGGGUUUCAGCAGUGCCCGACCUCCAGCGGGCCCCCGUUCACCCACGCACAAGCGCGCACGCCAACAUUCACGCAGACCCAUACGCAAACAUACUCGCCCAGCACACUCCCCUAUACACAGCCACACACAGACUCCUUUACAGGGCUGGAUGGUAAAUCCGUAGACAUGCCCUCCACCAGUGCAGAUGGAUCAUUCCAGGCAUGUAGCCCUCCUAACCAAUCCUCUAGUCUUCCGGUUUCACCGCACGAGCCUGAGCUGAACAUUAUUAAGGUGGAGAAUGUCUGAAUAAUUUUAUUUUACAGUAACACUUUACAAUAAGGUUCAUUAGUUAACAUUAGUUAACUACAUUAGUUAACAUGAACUAAUAAUGAACUGCACUUCUAUGGCAUUUAUUAAUCUUUGUUAAUGUUAAUUUUAGCAUUUACUAAUACACUGUUAAAAUCUUGUUAACAUUAGUUAAUGCACUGUGAACUAACAUGAACAAACAAAGAACAACUGUAUUUUCAUGAACUAACGUUAAGGAAGAUUAGGAAAUACAAAUGUAUGUUAUACUUCAUGUUAGUUAAUACAUUAACUAAUGUUUAACCUUAUUGUAAAGUGUUACCUUUUUUACUUUAUUAUACUCUUUUAGGUUUCCAGAGGGCUUUUCACACUUGAAAUAGUUAACCCUGGGCCAUUCUCUAAACCCUGGGUAAAUGGAAUCCUGAGGUUAACAGUUUAUCCUGGUUAUUCAUAAACUGCCGUUUCACACUGCACAUUCCUAAACACCGGGUUAAAUCCUUAUUUGAAUAUUUGCGGUGUCAGUGUUACUGACUGGACAAUCGCAGCACGUGGCCUGUUUACAUAAAGGCUCUAGCAUUGUGCGUCCUCAUUGCUGACUGUAAUUCAAGUUUUUUUUCUGAAUAAACUUUUCGAACUAUAAAGGUAAGAAUGACGGUCUCUUUUUCACUCCAAUCGUCGCGUUUUCCAUUGUCGUUUGACAUUUUUUCUAUCGUACGCAGAAAUGACUGUUUAUAUACUACAUUGUACGGUGUUUCCAUGACUGCCCAAAGCGUGUGAAUAUAUGGCACGCGAUUGGUUGUCGGUUGCUAGUGUCUAGUUAUAAUAUUCUAACACGCAUUGUUUCACACUUUGCAAGUUUGGCACCGCAAAAGCGGGUUUCAUAACCACGGGUAAAAAAAAGGUGCUCAACCCGCAUCUAAUUUACAAGAAACGUUGGUCCCACUUUAUAUUAAGUGGCCUUAAUUACUAUGUACUGACAUCAAAAAAUAAGUACAAUGUACUUAUUGGGUUCAUAUUGAAUUGCAAAACACUUUUGCAGCUAUUGAGGUGGGAU